AAUUGGAAUAUUUCUUUUUGUUGAAAUCCCUUAGUAAAAAUGAGGAUACGCAAUAACUUUUUAACGGUACAGCUGUUGACAUUAGUCUGUGAAAGCGUUGCUGUAGGUUUUACUGUCGAUCAGUUUAAUCAUGCUAAAUUAAUAAAAAAGGAAGAUCUUCCGGGAUUUAAGCAAAGUAAAACAGUUAGCGUUUUAUACUAUUACAAGGAAGAUAAUCCCAGACACAGAAGUUUCUAUCGUGAAUAUGAUAAAUCUGCUGAAUAUUUAGGACUGUAUGACUUAAAGCUAGGAGUGGUAAAUUGUAAAGAUCCAGCAAACUUUGAUGUUGACAGAUGUACAGAAGGUGGGACAGAAGCAUCUGUUUACACAUAUAGUAAUGGAAACGAACUGUUGGCCCUGGAAAUUGAAACCAUGUUUGAUGUUAAUUCAAUGAUGUCAAAUAUAUUACAACUUGCUCUACUUCGAGAAGUUCCAAUACUACAAUCCCAAGAAGAGAGGGAGAACUUUAUAAACAAACACAAAGGAACACGUGAUAUUGUCUUCUCAUUCCAGAAAGCCAUUGGAACAUAUGAACAUAGAAUUUUCAUGGAAGUGGCCUAUGCAUUCCAUCACAAAUUUCAGUUUGCUAUAAGUACAGCCACAAAAGCAGUGACAGGACUUGUACCCUCCCCAGAAACAUUAGAUGAUGCAAGAGUUUGGUUCUUGAUGUGUAGUCAGGUUACCAACAAAGAAGAUGACUGCUUUAUCAAGUUUUAUGAUGAUAAGAUGGAUUUGUCUUCCCUUGCCAGUUUUAUGAGAAGACUUGACACACCACCAAAUUUUGACAUCCCUGGUGAUGGCACCACUCAUCCAUACACCCCUGACCUGGGUCUCCAUUUGGUGUACCUGUUCUACCGGGAAUCUACCAAGGAUACGGUUGAUGAGCUGAUCCGCUUGAUUGGGAAUCAGUUUCAUGGAACAGCUGCCUUCAUUACCAUUAACGUGGAGACCACUCUUCCUGAGGUUGUUGGAUUAGAUGCUUUUCCACCAAGUACACCAGAAGUUGCUGUGCAAUUAAAAUCGGAGAAAAAUCUGGUUCACAUGACCGAGGCCUGGUCACUAGAUAGUGCAUUUGAGUUUUUUGCCAGUAGACUACAUGAAUAUGAGGUCAGACCAAAGGAGCAGGAUAGACAGGGUGUUAGUGAUGUGACGGGGAGGGACAUGGAGGGUCAAACGUAUCCUGAGGGGGAGGUGGAGGAAAAGGACAGAUACAGUGAGGAAAUUGAGACUGAAGACGACCAAGUAGCAGAGGCAAUACAAAGAGCCAGGAGAAUUCAGAUAGACUUAGAGCUGGCAGAAAGACUAACUGACAAAACAUUUUCUACCACCAUCAAGGAGAGGGACAUUGUCUUCACUCUCUUUUUUCUGCCAUUUGAUCACAGAAGUUUGGCAUUUUUGCGAGCAUAUGGAGAAGCUGCGAGAAAAUUUGAGAAUCAAACAGAUAGACCAUUUACUUUUGUCAACUGUCAUGACUGGACAGAUGUAUGUGCUAAAGAAAACAUAACUCAUUACCCAAUACUGAAAAUCUACAGACAAGGGAAAUUCCUCAAAGACUAUGACAGCAUGCUGAGCAUUGAAGAUGUUGUGAAUGCUUAUAAAUUCUUGAAACAAGAGAAACCUGUUUCUCUAGCUGAUAAAGAAGAAAUUGAGAAAUUCUUCAAUGGGGUCCUUCCAGAUGGAUCCAACAUCACAGGGAGUGUGUCUGUAGUAGCCCUCUUUGCUGAUCAGAAAAAAGGUGUACAGACUUUUGAGGAAAUGGCCAGGAGCUUGGGAGAUAAAUUUACUUUUGGAAUUAACAGUAAUGGACAAGGGAAAGAUUUUGCAAAGAAAUAUGGCUGUAGUGACCUCCCUUGUGUGGUUAUCCUCAGGAGGAAUGACCUUGUCCAGCCCUAUGUCACCUACAGAGGAGAUCUAGCCUCUACUGAGGAGCUGUUCAAAUUCAUGGAAAAAUCCCUUACUCCUUCACUGGCUGAAUUGACACCCUCCAUCUUUCCCAGACUAUACAAGCAGAACAAGCCAUUUGUGAUCAGCUUUGUAGAUGACACGGAAUCAUCCAAACAGCUGUUAGAACCCAUUCAGAGCCUUGUUAAAGCUGGCACUUACCCAGAUGUCAUUUUUUGUUUAUUGCAAUCUGGUGAUAUCAAUAGCUUUGGGAGGCAGAUUUUACAGACCUAUCAAAAUUCCACCUCUUCCUCUGUACCAGCUUUGUCUUAUGCACAUCUUAAAGAGGGGAAAGUGUACAAUUACUUAGACAAAUCCUUUACAAAGGAGCAGAUAGAGGCCUGGCUGAAAGACAUCCAGACCCAGAGCAUUGACGAUAAAACACUGUUUUUGCUGAAGGAUGGCAUGUUUAAACCAAGGCUACAAGGCUAUCAUUUCCUUGAAUUCAUAAAGGAAAGUGAAGAAGAGAAGAAAAGAAGUCGAGCCAGAAAAGAGGAUCCAGAUGUACUGACUGCAAAUGUACAUGGAAUAGGAUUUGACAGUGAGGGAAAUGAAGUAGAUCCAAGAAAAAAUGAAGACAAUAAGAGGGAGGAAACAGUGGAUGACUCAGAGAUAAGGAGAGAGCUGAUUGAACUUCAGAAAUCACGGCUUUAUCAUCAUGCAGAAGGGAAACACAAACCCCCACACAGGAAGUCUGACGACCACUCAGAUACCUCCAAAUACACAUCUGAGGCUCUACAUGUACCUCAUACCUCAGAGGCUGGAGGGUCUGGAUAUCCAGCUCCAGAGGACACUAAACCCACCUCUGAUGGAUCCACCGCUAGUCCUUCAAAGAAGACAAUCAUCCAUGAUGAUCUAUGAUGAGUGUAUGCUGAU